AUGUACACUUUCCUUAUAAUCGUACUAAAUCUAUCUUUAAUACGUUCAGAGUUACAUUUAAACGAAACAGUGUACAAAAUAAAAUAUCUACUACAAAAUCGUCACAAAAAAUGUAUAGAUAGUAACACAGAUGAUUUUUUAAAUAAAGCAAUAAGUUUUUUUCAUAAGACGGAUAAUUAUGGAGAAUUCUUGAAGACUGUCAAUGUGAGUGGGUGUGGGGAUGGUGAAUAUAGUGCUAGUUAUGUUAAGGAGCACAUUGUUGACGGCCUUUUGACUAAUCAUAAUGUUCCUGAGUCGCAUUGGCAUGAAUAUAAGGCAGUAUACAAUAAGGAGUUUGAGUCCCCUCACCACGAGACGGCGGCACUGCAGAAGUGGCGACAGAAUUUACGAAGAGUCGCUUCACAUAAUCAAGGAUAUGUCUCUGGAAAACAUAGUUAUUCGGUGCAUUUAAACCAUUUUGGAGACCUUGCUCCAGUAGAAUACGCUGCAAAGAUUCUGAAGCUGAAAGAAACUCCGCACCUCUUCGAUCCUGCGCACGACCCUUUCAGACGAGAUUUCCAUAAACAUAUCCACAAGAGAGCUCCCAGACAGGUAGACUGGCGCGCUGCGGGGUUUAAGCCUGCGCGGGAGCAACAGUAUAAAUGCGGCGCAUGCUAUGCAUUUGCUGUAGCUCAUGCGUUGCAAGCGCAGCUUUACAAGCGGCACGGGGAUUGGAGCGAGCUGAGCCCUCAACAGAUAAUUGACUGCAGCUACCCUGACGGUAACGAGGGUUGUGAUGGAGGCUCCUUAAACGCUGCCAUGAGAUACGUCGCCAGAGAAGGCCUCAUUAUGGAGAAGUUCUACCCUUAUAAAGGGAAGAAGGGCCGUUGUCACUACAGCAGGCUUCUCGUGAGGGCCAGACCUCGUCGUUGGGCUCUUCUACCGCCCGGAGAUGAAGAUGCAAUGGAACUGGCUUUGGCUGCCAUCGGGCCCCUUGCAGUUGCUGUUAACGCUGCACCCUUCACAUUCCAACUUUAUAAGGGUGGUGUGUACGAUGACCUGUUUUGCACACCCUGGCACCUGAACCAUGCCAUGUUGCUUGUGGGUUACACCCAAGAGUACUGGAUAUUGCUCAACUGGUGGGGGAAGAAUUGGGGGGAGGAUGGGUAUAUGAGGAUACGAAGGGGUUUCAACAGAUGCGGCGUCGCUAAUAUGGCUGCCUAUGUGCAGUUAUGA